GCUCCUCUAAACCCCAUCGUUGCUGCUCGGCUCUCUCGAUUCCUUUUGCUUGCUGUUUUCGAUCCCAAUGGCCGCCAUGAUCGCCUCCAGGAGCGCUGCCCUCUCCAAGCUCGUGGAGAGGCUUCUUGUCUCCCCUGGUCGCCCUGUGGCAGCUGCCACCACUCGCCUCUUCAGCACCGGCACCCUUCGAGACUACGAUGACGACAACCGCGACGUCGACCUCGAGCGACGCCCCGACUCCCCCGCCGCUGCUCACCGCCGCCGCGCAGACUCAUUCCCCUCUCUUCAAGGUAAGGUGUUCGAUCCGUUCAACCCGACGCGGAGCCUGAGCCAGGUGCUGAACCUGAUGGACCAGAUGCUGGAUAACCCCAUCUUCGCAGCGGCCGGGCCGAGCGGCGCCGCCGGCGGGCUCCGCCGCGGGUGGGACGCGAGGGAGGACGAGCACGCGUUGCACCUCCGCGUGGACAUGCCGGGGCUGGGGAAGGAGCACGUCAAGGUGUGGGCGGAGCAUAACACCCUGGUCAUUAAGGGGGAGAGCGACAAGGAGGCCGGCGAGGAAGGGGAAGAGAGCACUGGCCGUAGGUAUAGCAGCCGCAUCGACCUGCCGCCGGAGUCGUACAGGUUGGACCAGAUCCGAGCGGAAAUGAAGAACGGCGUCCUCAAGGUGGUGGUUCCCAAGGUGAAGGAGGAGGAGCGCAAGGACGUCUUCCAAGUCAAUAUCGAGUGACCACCGUUCGCUGGUCACGGACAUUGGCACAGCUGAGUAUUCCCUCUGAUGGAUGCAUCGUCGACAAUAAGAUUAGGAAUGUAAUCUGCGCUGUUUACCCUUGUUUUCGCGUCACCCCUUUGUACUUACCUUUGUCAUCUAUGUCGAUGGAAAGAUGGUGUGAGCGUUAAUAUCA